CUCCAUUCCAGAGCUGAGCUGCCAUGCUGUUUUCCCCUGCUUUGCCUCAUCGAAAGCCAAAUGCAUACAUAGUCUAUAGAAUUCCAGAGAGGUACUCUGUUGUGCGUUCCAAAACGUCAUAAACCUGUGGCUGCUUCUUGGAACUGUAGAAGGUGUUUUCUAGGAGGGCGGAUCAGUUCAAAUCAUAAUUACAUCAUACCUCCUACGUUGGCAUUCGUUGUUCUUGUUGGAGAAGCCAAUCGUUAAUUGUUUCAUCGUGUGUCGUUUUGUUUCUUUUUUCACGUGAGGAAUUCGCCCAAAGCGCAUCAUGAUUUUAAUCUGGGUAACAUUGACCUCGUCCUUGAAGCCGCUUUUGGCCUUGUUCACCCAAGCCUUGUUGUCUGCAACUUUCCUCACCGAAGACGGCGCAACAACAGCUGAUGGACUGAACAGUACCGAAAUGUAUGAGAUGCAAAACUCGACACCAGCAUUCUUUCCGGAACCAACGUCCACUCCCACCAUCAACCAGACAGAAAAGGCUAUGACUAAGCUGGAAAAAUCUCAUAUCCUCGGCACAUUCGCCUACCAAUCUAGUGUGAAUUUUGAUAACUACUUGAAGGAAUUAGGAGUGUCGUAUGUGUUGAGAACCUUUGCUGGCAUGGCCACGCCAGUGGUCACGAUUUCGAAGAAGUGUCCGGAUGCAGACAAGAUAAAUGAAAAGAUGAAUCCUCAAAACUGCACUUGGACUAUAACGACAGAUACAUUAUUCAAAAGCCACGAGGUUAGCUUUCGCCUGAACCAACCUUCCACUGACAUCACCAUGGAUGGCAGAUUAGUUAGUUUUGUGGUGAACCAAACUGGGCCCAAUACUUUGGUGGAGCAACAAACUUCCGGCGAUAAGCAUACUCUUUUAGUUAGACAGUUUUCGGCUAACGAAAUGAAAGUGGCUUUGAAUGUCAACGAAGUGAGGAGUACAAGCAUUUUUUAUCGUCUGAAGAAAGAAAAUGACUGAUGGUAAAUUGCACUAUAUUUAUGCAACACAAACUCACGUUUACACCCACCGUCUGUACCAUAGCUUUAUAGUAACUGACUUGAAUUACACCUUUGUAUCUUGUUCAUUCCUAUCUACAUCGACGAAGAAAUGUUGCUGUGAUACUCAAGCGCCCCUUCAAACCGCUAUGUCAAACCCUUAGAGAUUCGUUAGUCGAAAUAAAAGAACACCAUUCAUGUCAUACAUGUCA